AUCUCUAAAACAAAUCUCAGAAAGAUGAUGACGCUUGGUUCAAAUUACUGUUUUCUUUCUAUUCCAUUGAUGAGAACUGGAAAUGGGAUGUACGUUCAAUUGCGGCUCUGGCUUAUAUGGGAACGAAUGCGACAAGCGAAGUGAUGAGGAUUAGAAUGGCUGGACUAGCAAAUCGUCACAUCUUACCUUUCUGGAAUGCUGGUACUCGAUUAUUUUCGAAAACAAAGAUGAGCAACUUCGAAGAGUCUAGUUUGGUGAGAAAAAUGAAGAGUGGUGAUAUAUUGGUCAAUUCGCUUGGGAUAUUGGCAUUUGUAUCACCAGGAGCCGAAGGUCGAGAUGUCGACUGGGAUCCACUGGCGAGUUGGCUUUAUGAGCAGCAAUCCCAAGAUGGGACCUAUGAUAAUGUCAUCGACACCUAUUUUGCAUCACGUGCGCUGUUUGAAUAUCAUUUUCGUAAGAUCGACAUCAGUAACAGAGAUGGAGUUACCGUAUCCGUGCACUGUUCUACAUGUGAACCACGUACAGUGAAUGUGACUGAAGCGGCAACGCAGAUCUAUGUGAGUAAAGGGCUGAUUUCUUCGAUUUAUUCGAAAUUUAUCCCUGCUUGA